AUGUCCUUCGACAUCCUGCCCCAAACGAAAGACGAUGCCGCAGAAGUCUUCGCAGCAGCGCGAAAAGCGUUCACACGAUUCAAUCGCAUUCUCUUCGACCCUUUCCCGCUAUCAGAAGAGUCCAUGGAUAUCCUCUCAAAGCGUCGGGUCGAAUCCUUCAAUAAAGACCCACUCGCAAAAAGCUUCAAGGCCGUGGAUCGUGAGACCGGCGCUAUUAUUGGGGCUGCAAGAUGGAGUAUCCAUGCAGAAGUAGAGACUAUCGAGAAGACCGUGGAGGAAGAGACUGCACAAGGGUUAGGAGCCUUCGGCGUACCUGAAUUGCGAGUAGAUGUAGCGAGGGCAUUUUAUAGCGGUUUGCUCGAGGGGAAACGCGAGAUUAUGGGGAUUAAAGAGGAGGACGGGAGAGUGUUUAAAUUGAAGCCAAGGGUGGAUUUGGAGUCACUCUUUACGCAUCCAGAACAUCAGGGCAAGGGUGUUGGGAAGGCGUUGUUGCAGCGAUGUAUUCAGGAUGCGGAGGCGUCGGGAUUGGUCGCGUAUCUCGAGGCGACGGAGGAAGGAUUUCCUCUGUAUGCGAAGAAUGGGUUUGAGACAAUUAGGACAAAUGUUUUUGAUGCGAAGGACUUUGGGUUUGAGGGGACGCAUGCAUAUACGUACAUGAUAAGGCCUUCCAGGGCUACAGAAUGA